AUGGCGACCGACAGCACCCGUGUAAAAGCAGCGUUGCCGUGCGUGGUUCUGUGCGGCCUGUGUCGGGUCUGGAGCGACUCGGACGAGCUGGUCGCGACCGACCGGGAGACGCGGAAGAGCAGCUACGGCGUCUCCUGCGACGACACGACCAGACAAGAAUAUUAAGUGUUACAAGGAGCCGCCAUCGACCUCCCGUCCGUCAAGAGAGGGAAGAUGAGGUCGCCCCGAAGGCUGCGGCACGCCGCCAGAAAGCUCGGCGCCUCGUCGGUGGACUACAGGAACUCGGGUUACGUCAGCGCGGUUAACGAUCAGGGCUACUGUGGUUCGUGCUGGGCUUUCAGCACUACAGGAGCCAUCGAAGGACAAAUGUACAAGCGGACGGGCACGCCGGUGUCCAUGAGUGAGCAGAAUUUGGUGGACUGCUCCCGGCCGUACGGAACCUCGGGCUGCGGCGGGGCCUGGAUGGCCAACGCCUACGACUACAUGGUCAACAACGGGCUGCAGUCCACUCAGACGUACCCCUACACCUUGGUGGACAUUCAACCGUGCUAGUACGACAGCAGGUUAGCGGUGGCCCACAUCAGGGACUACGCGUUCUUCCCGAAAGGAGACGAGCAGGCGCUGGCUGACGCCGUGGCCGCCGUGGGGCCCAUCACCGUGGCUGUCGACGCCAACCACGCCGGCUUCCUGUUCUACAGCUCAGGAAUCUACGAGGAGCCCAGCUGCAAUCCUGCAAGUCUGAGUCACCCUGUGGUUCUCGUAGGCUUCAGUUCCGAAGGGGGCCGGGACUACUGGAUCAUCAAAAACAGUUGGGGAACGAGCUGGGGAGAAGGCGUGAUCCGAGACGGUAGAAACACAUGCGGAAUUGCCAGCUACGCUUUGUACCCUCUCCUGUGA